AUGCUUUCUACAGGCGUGAUGCGGUUGCUGCCCCCUUCACGGGCUAGCCACGGCUUGUUGCGCAACACCGCACGUCUCGCACACCAACCACAUGGGCAGCUGUACCAUGGACAUCUAGUCAACUCCAGGUGUAUUUCCGUGUUGACUAUGUCACCUCCCUUAGGCCGUUCAUCGAUCCAGACUUCGAAAUCUGGGAGCCGCUUGACUUCGAUUUCAAGGACGCUGACUCUUACGCAAAAACGAUGGUCUACAUCGCAAACCCCGGAGGACCCAAAAAAACCGGUCCCCGAAGAAUCCAAAUAUGCCACGAAUCGCAUUCUCUCUAAGAUUCCCAUGGGAAAAGGAAGCCGUGAGAACAUCUAUACCAUUCCUAAUAUCCUCACCUUCUCCCGGCUGGUAGCGGCACCCGUGGUGGGUUAUCUGCUUGUCCACGACUACCAUGCGGCUGCGCUGUCGCUCUUCGCUUAUGCGGGUAUUACCGAUUUGGUUGAUGGCUGGAUUGCCCGAAAGUACAAUCUACAGACGGUCGUGGGAACCAUCAUUGACCCGAUGGCCGACAAGCUUCUUAUGACGAUCGGAGUGGCCUGUCUAGCCGUGAACGGCUCUCUUCCAGUAUGGCUGGCCGUUAUUAUCCUCGGUCGCGAUGUUGGUCUGGCUAUUUCGGCCAUCUACUAUCGGUGGAUCUCACUCCCCCCACCAAAGACGAUGGCUCGCUACUGGGAUUUCUCGCUCCCCUCUGCUGAGGUGAAGCCCACGGAGAUUUCCAAGAUUAACACUGCCUUGCAGUUGGUUCUGGUCGGGACCGCGAUCGGUCUGCCUGUGGUGCCUGAGGCAAUUAUUAGUGCGUGGCAUUUGAGCGAGGCCAUGACUGGAUUCCAGUAUUUGGUUGCUGCUACCACUAUCUGGUCGGGCAUGAGCUACGUGUUCUCUAACAACGCCGUCAAGAUCUUGACCAAAGAGGAGAUUCAGAAGCGUAUUGCUCAGGCUGAAGCAAAGCGUAAGCACUGA